CUCACCCACACACUCCACGACCAUGCGCCUCGCGUCCCUACUUGCCGCUGCGCCGCUGCUGCAGGCCGUGACGGCGCUACACUUCUACUUCGAGUCGAAUGAGAAGCGCUGUUUCCUCGAGGAGCUGCCGUCCAACACGAUUGUCGAGGGCCACUACAAGGCGCUCCUGUGGGACGAGCCCCAGCAGCAGUGGGUCAUCAACGAGCAGCUGGGCAUCCACGUGAAUGUGGAGGACCUGUCCUCUGGCAACAUUGCCGUCAACACGCGCGGCCCGCACGAGGGCAAGUUUACCUUCACCUCGCACGACCCGGGAGACCACAACAUCUGCCUGCACACCAACAUGACGGGCGGGUGGGUGAGCAACGAGCAUAUCAAGCUGUACUUGGAUAUCAAUGUCGGGUCGAGCAAGCACGACUUGGAGGCCGACCGCAACCACGCCAACACGCUCGCAGGCAAGCUCAACGAGCUCAACAAGCGCGUAGAGGACAUUCAGCGCGAGCAGCGGUACAUGCGCGAAGUGGAAGCGUCGUUCCGCGACGCGUCGGAAAACGUCAACUCGGUCGCGGUCUGGUACUGUAUCCUCCAGAUUGGCGUGCUCGUCGCUGCUGGAUUCUGGCAGAUGCGCCAUUUGAAGGUGUACUUUGACGAUAAGAAGCUGCGCUGAGGGGGGAGGCAGGUAGGCGGAGAGAGAGAGAGCGCGGAGUGGACGCCGGAGACACAGCAGACAGACAGAUCGAGACACUGGGCGAGACAGACCCACACGACAUGCAUGCAUGAGACACG